AUGCUCGUCAAUCUGCUCUCGCUUCUUGCUCCGCUCUCUGGCAUUGCCAUUGCUCAGUGCCCCGACUACCUUGACUAUUCUACGCUGAAGCACUCCCCAUACUCGGGAGGUGUUCAUAAUAUCUCAUACCAGCGUCCUGACCCUGCAUGCCGCACCUUCAACCUUUCUCUUCUAGAAAACCAAGUCCUGCCCAACAUCAUGCAUGCCACUCCCGACCCAGAUCUGUUCCGCCUGUUCCUCAAUGGUAACUAUUGUCCGCCGUUGCUUCGUCCUGGUGCUGACAUAUUCCAGNCCUACCCCAAUACCCUGGAUACCGCCGUGCGCUGGAAGGGCUAUGCUGCCGACUCUCCUGACGAGGAGCUCACCUUUCUCGUCACUGGAGACAUCGAUGCCAUGUGGUUGAGAGACAGCAGCAACCAGAUGCAGUCUUACCUUCCUCUUCUGACCGCAAACUCCUCUGUCGACUCGCUCGCUUCACUGUUCCGGGGUGUGAUUAAUCUCCAGGCCCGUUACCUUCUCACCUCGCCCUACUGCAAUGCCUUUCAGCCUCCAAUUGAGAGUGGAAUUGCUCCCGCAAAGAAUCCUUCGGCCAGCCAAGAUGUUGUUUUCCCCACUUACGACAAUUCCUCAGUCUUCGAAUGCAAGUACGAGUUGGAUUCCCUAGCCGCUUUCUUACAAAUCAGCUCGGACUACUACAACGCCACGGGAGAUAUUACUUUCUUCGCCAAGUACCAUUGGGUCGAGGCCAUCAAUCAUGUUUAUCAGAUUUUCGAGAGCCUUUUAUCCGCUUCGACUUAUGAUGCCGAUGGCCGUGUCCAGAAGUCGGACUACACCUUCACUAGAGUGAGCAACCGCGCGACCGAAACUCUAACAAACGACGGCCUGGGCAAUCCCUAUCGAGGUGGAGUUGGCUUGUUGCGCUCAGCUUUCAGACCUUCGGACGACGCGACUAUUUAUCAAUAUCUCAUCCCGGCCAACAUGAUGUUAGCUCACUACCUUGAAGCGACUGUUCCCAUCAUGCUCGCGCUGAACGAUUCAACGAGUGCCGUCACUUGCGAACAAAUGUCACAGCUUGCCUGUACUAUCAGACAAGGCAUCGAAGAACACGGUGUCGUCACUAUCGAUGGUAAGCGUGUAUACGCUUACGAAGUUGAUGGAUAUGGCUCUGCCAAUAUAAUGGACGAUGCCAACAUCCCAUCGCUUCUGUCUGCACCGUUUUUGGGUUAUCUCGACACAAACGACGAAGUCUAUCAGAACACACGUUCACUGCUGUUAAGCGACCGCAACCCCUAUUUCAUGCGUGGCCCUGUUAUUUCUGCUAUUGGAGGUCCUCAUAAUGGUCCUGGUUAUGCGUGGCCCAUGGCUACUAUCGUGCGUAUAUUGACUAGCGACAACGAUACUGAGAUCACCGAACAACUCGCCAUGAUUCUCAAUAGCACCGAUGGACUUGGUCUGAUCCAUGAGAGCAUCAACACCUUUAAUUCGACCGACUAUACCCGGCCAUGGUUUUCGUGGGCGAACGGACUCUUUGGUCAAAUGAUCUUAGACUUGCAUGGCCGCAAGCCUCAGAUCCUGGCACAAAGCUUCCAAUAG